AUGGCAUCCAGUCUUACUUCUGCUUCUGCUUUUGUUCGUGAUGUUUCUUCACCAAAGCGCGUGUCUUGGGGUGGCACAAGGGUAAAUGCUGGAAAAAAACACUCUACAGACUCAACCUCCAGAGUAAGAAUAUUCAAAGAUGACUUGGAGAAGUGGAAGACUUUGAAAUUAGCUACAGGAAAGGUCAGUGACCAAGACUUUUGUCACUUCUUGCUGGAAUUAGCAGAAAAAUCCAUUCAAACUUCGUAUGAUGGUCACUUUUCCUCACCAGUCAAUGUACGGUCGGAAUUUAUGCAAUCACUACUGCCCCAAUCUCUUACUUCUACUCCUGUAACUUCUACUCCUAUAUCCCAUGAUACUAUUCAUAAAGUACCUUCUCGAUCUUUAUUUAGUCAAGACAGCACUAGUGUAAGAGCUGCUGAGGUCACUAGUUGCUCCCUCUCUAAGACAUUGGCUCUACGUGAUGAUUAUGAAAGCAGUGAAAGUGAUGAUGAAAGUAGUGAUGAUGAGAGGACAUUAAGUGUGAUUUGUGACAAUGACGACUCUGUUGCUGACUACGAUACAGAAAUUGAAACUAACUGUGAUUCCUCAGCUGACAGUGAUUGUGAUGAAAGGUUUGAAACUGAACCUGGCUGUCAAAGUGCAGGUAUACAAGCUGAAGAUCCAUCAGUUGAUCAAGAAUUUGAUGAAAUACGUCAUAAAAGAAUAAUAGUCAGUAUAGCAAAUUUGAAACAGCUUUUUCCUUCACACUGUUCAAUUGCGGAGUGCUCCAACAAACUGUACAAUACAGCUAAGUUGAUUGGAUCAUCUUUGAAAGUCACUUCAACAUGUACAGCUGGCCAUGUCACUCAGUGGUCAUCUUCUGAUCCCCAUUAUGACAAGAAGAACAGCGCCAUCAAUGAGAAUGAUCUUCUGUUUGCUGCUAGUAUACUUUUCUCUGGCAAUCAUUAUGCAAAGAUUUCUCAAUUUUGUUCUAUCCUGGGGCUUGCAUGUAUCACAGAAGCAAUGUUUUAUCGUUACCAGAAGCUUUAUCUAAUACCAACUGUUGAAAAGUUUUGGACACAACAUAUUACUAGCAUUAAAGAAAAAUUUGCACACAAGGAACUAAUAGCCAGUGGAGAUGGGCGAUGUGAUUCACCUGGUUCAUCAGCUAAAUUUUGUACAUAUAGCAUGAUGUCUGAGACUGGAGAAGUAGUUGAAUUGCAGACAGUGGAUAAAAGGGAGGUGAAUUUUAAAUCUCCUUUAAUGGAGUGUGAAGGACUGAAGAGAUGCUUAGACAACAUUGCUGCUAAUAGUACCAUGAAAGUAAAAGAACUAACAACUGAUGCUUCAAUAACUGUAAUUGCAAUGAUGCGUGAUAAAUAUCCAAGUAUAGUGCAUUCACUGGACGUUUGGCACAAGGCAAAGAAACUAAAGAAAAGUCUAUCACAGGCUGGAAAAAAGAAAGGAUAUGAAAAGAUUAAGAUGUGGUCGGAUCAAAUUUGUAAUCACUUCUGGUAUUGUUGUAAAGAAUGUAAUGGUGAUGUAGAGAAGUUAGAGUCGAUGUGAAUUAGUGUUUUACAUCAUGUUCAAAAUGAGCAUGUAUGGAUACUUGGGAAAUGUGACCACAUUUUAAAUGAUGGGACGGAUACUUCUACAGAACCCCCCACUGACUGUGAUGGUACAGUGAUACCAUACUUUUUACCCAAUGAGCCAGCCAUGGAGGCCCUACGUCAGAUUGUUUUAGAUCAGAAAUGGUUAAAGUCGCUUAAAUUUUAUGUUCGAUUUAGGCAUACUGGCAAUCUUGAGUGUUUCCACAGUCUCAUGUUAGCUUACUGUCCUAAAAGAAUUGCAUUUAAAGAUGAGGCAUUUCGUGCCAGAAUGUAUUUGGCUGCCAUUGAUCACAACUUUCACUUGGGUAGAAAUCCAUCCCGAAAUGUAUCAGGUGAAGAGCGAAAUCAUCGGGUUUUUAGAAAGCGCACAAAUAGAUGGGAUGUUGUUCCAGUCUUUGAAUAGAAAUCAUAUGACUACAUGCCUAUUUUGAUUGAUACUCUUUACAAGUAUAGAGCAGAUUGCGAUGCUAGUAUACGAAGUACUGUUAUCAAGAGAUAUAAUCAUCCGGAGAAGAUAUCAGCAACCUUGUCUAAGCGAAAACCACCAUCAACUAGUGAGCUUGUAAAGGCUAAAAAAAGUCGUUUCACAGAACAAUCAUAA